AGAAAGCCUUCUGUGAUGAAACACCACAAAACCAGAGGGGAACAUGAGGUCACUGAGCCCACCCCACCUCCUUCCUCUCCUGAGAGCUAAAAAGAGCAAGGAGGGCACAGAACUGCAGCUCAGACCUGGGCAGCCUCCCUGAUGCAGCCGCUCCUGCUCCCGCUCCUGCUGGCCUUCCUCCUGCCCCCCAGGGCAGAGGCAGGGGAGAUCAUCGGGGGACAUGAGGCCGAACCCCACUCCCGUCCCUACAUGGCCUUUCUUCGGUUCUGGUAUCGAGGGUGGCUGAGGAAGCAUUGUGGUGGUUUCCUGAUAAGACAAGACUUCGUGCUGACAGCCGCUCACUGUCUGGGAAGCUCCAUGAAUGUCACCCUGGGAGCCCACAACAUCUUGAGGCCAGAGGUGACCCAGCAGUUCAUCCGUGUGAGAAGACGCAUUCCCCACCCAGACUAUAAUCCUGAGCUCUACACUAAUGACAUCAUGCUGCUGCAGCUGGAGAGAAAGGCCAAGUUGACUCCAGCUGUGCAGCCUCUCAGGCUGCCCAGGGUCACAGGCGGGGUGACGCCGGGGAUGUUGUGUAAUGUGGCAGGCUGGGGUGCGACUACACCAGUGGGCCACUACCCAGCCACACUGCAGGAGGUGAUGCUGACAGUGCAGGAGGACCACAAGUGUGAAUCCCGCUACCGUGGGCAAUACAUCAAGGCCACCCAGAUUUGUGUGGGGGACCCAAACUUACAACAGACAUCCUUUCAUGGCGACUCCGGGGGCCCUCUGGUGUGUAACAAUGUGGCCCAGGGCAUUGUCUCCUAUGGGAUGGAGGAUGGGAGGCCUCCACAAGCCUACACCAAGGUCGCAAGUUUCCUACCCUGGAUAGAAGAAACCAUGAGAAGCCUCCAACUGCAGGAAGCAGACUAAGCCCCUCUGUGAAUGACCAAGUUCUCCAGAUCUCAGUCCAGAUUUACACUGGGCGAGGUGCCAGUAACUGAAUAAAUGUGCCCCAGCU